UUUUCUCGCGCACGCGCGCUGAGGCCAGUCGGCUCCCGACCCCCCGUGAAGUACUCCGGGCCGGAGUUGGUUGGCGGCCGGUCCUCCCGUGACCUCGGGGAGCGAUGGUGUCCUUCUCUCUGCUGUGGACCAGUCGGCCUCUGCAGAGAUGUGGUCAGCUGGUCUGGACGGCUGCUCGGGCCCAGCACAGCAAGGUGGCCCGGACACAGGCCGGGGAAGCAUCUGGAGGCUGGACAGGCCAGGAGACUCUGGCAGACAGUGACCCUGAGGUGUGGGAGCUCCUGCAGAGGGAGAAGGACAGGCAGUGUCGUGGUCUGGAACUCAUCGCCUCAGAGAACUUCUGCAGCCGAGCUGCGCUGGAGGCCCUGGGGUCCUGUCUGAACAACAAGUACUCGGAGGGUUAUCCUGGCAAGAGAUACUAUGGCGGCGCGGAGGUCGUGGAUGAGAUCGAGCUGCUCUGCCAGCGCCGGGCCCUGGAAGCCUUCGACCUGGAUCCGGCACAGUGGGGAGUCAACGUCCAGCCAUACUCGGGGUCCCCAGCCAAUCUGGCGGCCUACACAGCUCUCCUUCAGCCCCAUGACCGAAUCAUGGGGCUGGACCUACCCGAUGGGGGCCACCUCACCCACGGCUACAUGUCUGACGUCAAACGGAUCUCCGCCACAUCCAUUUUCUUCGAGUCUAUGCCCUACAAGCUCAACCCCCAGACCGGCCUCAUCGACUACGACCAGCUGGCGGCGACCGCUCGGCUCUUCCGACCGCGGCUCAUCAUAGCCGGUACUAGUGCCUACGCCCGCCUCAUUGACUAUGCCCGCAUGAGAGAGGUGUGCGAUGAGGUCAAGGCACACCUGCUGGCGGACAUGGCCCAUAUCAGUGGCCUCGUGGCCGCCAAGGUGAUCCCCUCGCCUUUCAAGUACGCGGACAUCGUCACCACCACCACCCACAAGACUCUUCGAGGGGCCAGGUCAGGGCUCAUCUUUUACCGGAAAGGAGUGCGGACCGUAGACCCCAAGACCGGCCAAGAGAUCCCUUACACUUUUGAGGACCGAAUCAACUUUGCUGUGUUCCCAUCCUUACAGGGGGGCCCCCACAACCACGCCAUUGCUGCGGUAGCUGUGGCCCUCAAGCAGGCCUGCACCCCCAUGUUCCGGGAGUACUCCUUACAGGUGCUGAGGAAUGCUCAGGCCAUGGCCGAUGCGCUGCUAAAGCGAGGCUACUCGCUGGUGUCUGGUGGCACCGACACCCACCUGGUGCUGGUGGACCUGCGACCCAAGGGCCUGGAUGGCGCGCGCGCCGAGCGCGUGCUGGAACUCGUGUCCAUCACGGCCAACAAGAACACCUGUCCCGGAGACCGGAGCGCCAUCACCCCCGGGGGCCUGAGGCUGGGCGCCCCAGCGUUGACUUCUCGGCAGUUCCGUGAGGAUGACUUCCGGAGGGUCGUUGAUUUUAUCGAUGAAGGAGUCAACAUUGGCUUGGAGGUGAAGCGCAAGACUGCCAAGCUCCAGGAUUUCAAAUCCUUCCUCCUCAAGGACCCAGAAACAAGUCAGCGUCUGGCCAGCCUCAGGCAACAGGUGGAGCAGUUUGCCAGGACCUUCCCGAUGCCCGGAUUCGAUGAACGCUGAGGGCCUGUGAGUCGAGGCCCACAGACUGGAAGUCACCCCUUCUUUCUGCCUACCUGGACCACCCAAGAGACACCACUGACCCUUCUGGGUUUCGGUGGAGGGAGGAAGGCCUUCUGUUUCGGGCAGAGCCAGGCACGAGCCCCCUCCAGAAUCUGUAGCUGAGAUCUCUGUUUUGUAACCAUUUCUAGAAGCCCCCAGCAUAUACCCAGCUUGGCUUUGCGACAGACAGGGUCUCGCUUGGCUGAGGCUGGCCUUGAACUGACCCUCCUCCCUCCACUUCCCGAGUGGUGGGGAUGUAGGUGUGCAUCAUCACACCUACCUUCACCCUCCGCUUCCCGCUCCUGCCCUCGGCCAUAUCUCAGUGUUACAGACUCUCGCUCUUUCUUGGGGAGGGGGAGUUCUCCGCAUGCUGAGCCAGAGGAAAGGGUGGGUAGGCUCCAUCCUUCCUGUCUUUAUCUAAUAAAAUGCUAACCUGCCCAGA